AUGACGAUCAGCUAUUCGGACACAUUCGUAAGACUGUUGUUUCGGUUUAUAAUGACACAAAAGCAGCAAGAGAUGUUCGUUAAAUACGUAAUAUUGUUUGACAGUUGGACGAAAGAGAUCCCGUUAACGUUUCUUCUAGGUUUCUAUGUGGCUAUGAUUAUUCGAAGGUGGUGGGAUUGCUGCCAGUUGAUUAGCUGGCCUGAUCAUCUCCUCUACAACGUCUCAGCAUUGAUACGAGGAAAUGAUCCAGAAACGCGUAUCAUUCGAAGGACGAUAGCCCGAUACGCCAUAUUGUCAUCGGUACUGGCAUGGCGAAGCAUAUCGUUACGGGUUCUUGCGAGGUAUCCAACAGAUGAACAUCUCCUUGACUCGGGUUUGAUAAAUAAAGAAGAGUUGGCGUUGUUCAAGACUAUUCACGUGCGUGUCGAUCCCCAUCAGAAAUGGUUUGUGCCGAUCAAUUGGAUUCAAACGAUGAUGGUCCGCUGCUUUGAGAAAGGAACUUUGGGUCAUACAAACGAACUACGUGUGCUACUGGAUGCUCUUGAAAAGUAUCGAAAUGGUUUCUUCCAGUUGUUCAUUUAUGAUUGGAUCGCCAUUCCACUGGUUUACACCCAGUUAGAUACUUUCCGGCGUCGUUUCGCGCGACUUUUUCUGUACGAUUGGAUCGUGAUUCCACUCGUACACACCCAGGUGCGUGGCGUACUUCCCUCCUGUCUGCACCCACGCACGUAUUACCUUUGUCCUUUUGUUCGUUAG